GGGAUCCACGGAGAGAGGAGCAAGAGAGGGAAUGCACUGACAGCAGAGAAGAGGAGGAAGAAUAUGCUGAGCAGUGGAAGGGUAGAACAUCGAUGGCAGCCAUGCUGAGUCCUAAGAUCAGACAGACCAGGAGAGCCAGGUCCAAGAGCAUGGUGAUGGGUGAGGCAUCACGUGGCUCAUGUCGUUCCACCUCACCAGGCCUCCAAGAGGGGGCACUAAAGGCUGGUUGGCUGAAGAAGCAGAGGAACAUCAUGAAGAAUUGGCAGCUGCGCUGGUUUGUGCUGCGGGCUGACCAUCUUUACUUCUACAAGGACGAGGAGGAGACAAAACCGCAGGGCUGCAUAUCAUUGAAGGGCAGCCAAGUGAAUGAGCUGACAGCCAACACAGAAGAGCCCGGUCGACACCUUUUUGAGAUUGUGCCAGCUGGUGAAAAAGACAAGACUGCAAUAAGUCAUGAGUCUUUUCUGCUCAUGGCCAACUCCCAAAGUGACAUGGAUGACUGGGUGAAGGCCAUCAGACGGGUCAUCUGGGCUCCGUUCGGAGGAGGUAUAUUUGGGCAACAUUUAGUGGACACCGUCCAGUUCGAAAGGAAGUUUGGUCCUCGCCUCGCCCCUCUCUUAGUUGAGCAGUGUGUGGAUUUCAUCAGGGAACAGGGACUUGAUGAAGAAGGCCUAUUCCGGAUGCCAGGACAAGCUAACCUCGUGAAGGACCUUCAGGAGGCCUUUGACUGUGGAGAUAAGCCUCAGUUUGACAGUAACACUGAUGUCCACACUGUGGCUUCCCUGCUGAAGCUGUACCUCAGGGAGCUGCCUGAGCCUGUCAUUCCCUUUUGCAAGUAUGAGGAUUUCCUCACUUGUGCUCAGCUCCUGGCCAAAGAUGAGGAGGAGGGAAUUCAAGAAGUAGGAAAGCUAGUGAAGACCCUUCCAGCUGCUAAUUACAACCUUCUGAAAUAUAUAUGCAAAUUUCUGGAUGAGGUGCAGUCUCACUCAAAUGAAAACAAAAUGGGCGUGCAGAACUUGGCCACCGUGUUUGGACCAAAUAUCCUUCGUCCUAAAAUGGAGGACCCAGUAACUAUUAUGGAAGGGACUUCCUUUGUUCAGCAUCUCAUGACAGUGCUUAUAAGCAAGCACGAUCACCUGUAUAUUGAAACAGACUCAGAAACUUCUCAGACUGAGAUGGAGGUAAGGGUCCAAGGCCAGCAGCAUCAGCAGUCCAGCCUGGUUGACUGGAUCUCUGAGGAGGACCUCCAUACGUGCUCACCCACAGGGAAGAAUGCUUGUCCCAGUGACAACCCUACUAGUAGUAGUGCCUCAUCUCUGGAUGCCUCCCAGACAGCUAUUACCUCCAAGUCAGUGCCUCAGGGAAAGGGAGACACAGCUGUCAGCCCUAGUAAGCAGGCCAAGACGCUGCCUGGCUGGAAAUACUCUUUCAAAGGCACCUCUCCUCGCCCACAGUCUGCCAAAGUCUGUGGCUCCACAGCAGAUAUGUCCACUGCCUCCAGUGGGAAUUGGCUUAUGAAUGGGUUGUCCUCACUGCGGGGACACCGACGCACCUCCUCGGGAGAACGCUCGAGGGAUUCGGGGUCAUCCCUGAGACUGUCUACCUAUGACAAUGUCACGUCUUCGUCAAGUCUGGGCAGUGUGCUGAGCAUAGACAGCACACUGUGGUCCACCUCAUCUUGUGAAAUCUCUGUCCCAGACUCAGGAAGUGACCCAUUAGGGACAGACUCCAGGACAGAAGACAGGUCACACCCAGAGGUGAAUGUGCAGGAAACAGCAUUGAAUGAAGGGGAAGUGAAGCCACCUGAACAUGAGGACAGUAGAAUCACUGUGGAGAACUCUGCAGCAUCAUUCUUCAGUGACAAUGGCAACAUGGCACCAAUCAUAAGAGUUGUGGAUGAAGACAUUGAUGAAAAUCCCACAUCCCUGGCCAGUGCAGUGGCAGAGCUGAAAGAAGAACUGAGGAAGCAGAAACAAGCUUAUGAAUCUAGAAUUAAAAAGUUGGAAGAGUCAAGUGCAGCCCUGUGUGCACAGAUGGAGAGACUCGAGCAAGAGAUGGAACAGGAGAGAAAAAGAAAACAAAUGCUUGAGAUCAAAUUUAGGAACUCAGAACGUGCUCGUGAGGAUGCAGAAAAUCGUAAUCGCCUCCUUGAGAAAGAAAUGGAAGAUUUCUUCUCCACUCUAGGGGACCUGGCGCUUGGAAGCCGCACCAGUGACAUUUAACUAAAAGAUAUUUAUAAAUAAAUAAACACACCCAAAAUGAAUCAUAAUGACAUGGUGUUACAUAGCCAUGCAAGUUGUUUAUUAUAAUAUAUGUCUCAGUGGGCCUCGGGUGUCUUAAUAUAUUACAUGGAAAUGGUCUACACUUGGCUGUUAUAGCAAAAUAUGCUAAUCCAGGUGUCCAGCAACCCAGACCGAAAAUGUGUUAAUACAGUUCACUCAAAAAUGAAAAUGCUGUCAUAAUUUACUCACCCUCAUGUUGUUUCAAAUAUAGUAUAACAUUCUUGAGCACAAAAAUAUAAGUUAUACAAAACACAAGGUAGUUCUGUAUUCACUGUCAUUGUAUGGGGGGAAAAGAUGCAGGAAUGACUGAGGCUAAAGGCCCCUGCACACUUCAUACGAUAUCGAAGAACAAACAGAUGUGAUGUCAUUUAAUUAGAACAAAAUCUGGCCAAAACAAAGAUGUUUUUGAGUUUGUUUCAGUGGGUUUUAACAGCUUGCUAGCACAAACUUCUUCACCACUACCGGAGAAGAGCUGCAAACUUCUGGCAAACAUUUGUAGCGAAUCACAAAUCCAUUUGCAUGUGAAACUAACAAGUGGUUUGCCAGAUCUCUAGAUUUUUUUUAAGGGUAAGGCCAGGGCUGGACUGGACUGGGAAGAGAAAUCAGCCCGGGAUUUUACAUAGCAACUGGCCCAAAUGGGGUGUUUUCUGUAUAUCACGGCGCCAUUUUGUGGUCCGUUCUGCAUAACGCAGCAGCUAAUUUUAACCCUUUUCUCGGCCGUCCCACUGGCCCGUUCUCUUCUCCCAAUGGCCAGUCAGCCCCUUAUCAGCCCCAAAGUGCGUCGGCCCACCGGGAAAAUGCCCGGUAUGCCAGAUUACCAGUCCAUCCCUGGGUAAAGCCUACAACUAAUUUCCGUUCAGUCAGUUAAGAUCAGUUAACAUGAACACAUCAGCGUUCAGAGUUAUUAGCGAGCUGGUGCAAACUUACCUACAUCUGCAUGAUCAUUCGCUUAGAGACAUUUCCCUUGAAUAUAUCAUCCGAUUUGUGUCGUUUAAUUAGUUUACAUAAGGGUUACAAUUAAUCAAAUUGACUCAAAUACACUGUAAAAAAUUGAAAGUUGAGUUAACCUAAAAAAGUAAGGCAACUAGCUGCAAAGCAUUUUUGAGUUUACUCAACUUUAGGCAAAUUAGUUUUACCAACUUAACUAUUCAAUUUGGAUUGUAAGUUCCAUAAACGUAAUACAAUAAAUAUCAAUGAUUGUUAAGUUCAAUAAACUUGCAUUUUUAUGUAUAGCUUACCAUAAUUUUCAAUA